CUUUGCUUCCCCCAACCACCAAAGGAAGGGAUUCUGAUCAUCUCUCCCCUUAUAAAUACAACCCCAUCAACAAACUUCUUGCAUCGAGUUGAUCAGCUUCUUUUCGUUAUUUCGAGAAAUCUAGAACUAAAGAACAUAAAAGAAGCAGUAUAAACUCAGCUCUAGCCAUGGCUGCCUCCUUCUCUGUUCCUUCAAUGAUAAUGGAAGAAGAAGGAAGAUUUGAAGCGGAAGUUGCAGAGGUUCAGGCAUGGUGGAAUUCAGAGAGGUUCAAGCUAACACGACGGCCGUACACGGCGAAAGACGUGGUGUCGCUACGUGGGAGCCUGAGACAAAGCUACGCUUCAAACGAUUUAGCUAAGAAGCUGUGGCGAACCCUCAAAACCCACCAAGCUAACGGCACAGCCUCGAGGACAUUCGGAGCUCUUGACCCUGUUCAAGUGACGAUGAUGGCUAAGCAUUUAGACACCAUUUAUGUCUCCGGUUGGCAAUGUUCUUCAACUCACACCUCCACCAACGAACCAGGCCCGGACCUCGCGGAUUACCCAUACGACACUGUUCCGAACAAGGUCGAGCAUCUUUUCUUUGCUCAACAGUACCAUGACAGGAAACAGAGGGAAGCCAGGAUGAGUAUGAGUCGAGAGGAACGAGCCAAAACCCCUUAUAUCGACUAUCUCAAACCGAUUAUUGCCGACGGUGACACCGGCUUCGGCGGUACCACCGCUACAGUGAAGCUCUGUAAGCUAUUUGUGGAACGCGGGGCAGCCGGUGUUCAUAUUGAGGAUCAAUCCUCUGUUACGAAGAAAUGCGGUCAUAUGGCGGGAAAAGUGUUGGUAGCGGUUAGCGAACACAUCAAUCGGCUCGUAGCGGCUCGAUUGCAGUUUGAUGUGAUGGGGGUUGAGACGAUUCUCGUGGCUCGAACCGAUGCGGUUGCAGCUACUUUGAUUCAAACGAAUGUUGAUAAACGAGACCAUCAAUUUAUUUUGGGGGCGACGAACCCUAAUUUGAGAGGGAAGAGUUUAGCCGGGGUUUUAGCAGAAGCCAUGGCGGCUGGAAAAACAGGAGCGGAGCUUCAAGCCCUGGAAGAUCAAUGGAUUUCCAUGGCGCAAUUGAAGACAUUUUCGGAAUGUGUAACGGAUGCAAUCAUGAAUACAAUCGCAACAGAGAGUGAAAAGAGGAGGAAAUUAGACGAAUGGAUGAACCAUUCCAGUUACGAGAAAUGUAUAUCGAACGAACAAGGACGUGAAAUCGCAGAGAAAUUAGGGCUGAAGAAUCUCUUCUGGGAUUGGGAUUUACCAAGAACUAGAGAAGGGUUUUACAGAUUCAAAGGUUCGGUCAUGGCGGCGAUUGUUCGUGGUUGGGCUUUCGCACCACAUGCAGACUUAAUCUGGAUGGAAACUUCAAGCCCAGAUUUGGUUGAAUGCACAACAUUCGCAAAAGGGGUGAAAUCCAUACACCCAGAAACAAUGUUAGCUUAUAAUCUAUCCCCAUCUUUCAAUUGGGAUGCAUCAGGAAUGAGCGAUAAGGAAAUGGAAGAGUUCAUCCCGAGGAUCGCGAGGCUGGGUUUCUGCUGGCAGUUCAUAACGCUGGCGGGAUUCCACGCGGAUGCGUUGGUGGUGGACACAUUUGCAAGAGAUUACGCGAGAAGGGGAAUGUUGGCAUAUGUGGAGAGAAUUCAAAGAGAAGAAAGAAACAAUGGGGUGGAUACAUUGGCACAUCAGAAAUGGUCUGGUGCUAACUACUACGAUCGGUAUCUGAAGACGGUUCAGGGGGGGAUUUCGUCCACCGCGGCCAUGGGAAAAGGGGUAACGGAAGAGCAGUUCAAGGAGUCAUGGACGAGGGAAGGGGCAGUGAACUUGGGAGAAGAAGGGAAUGUGGUGGUUGCCAAGUCGAGAAUGUAAUGACAUGAAGAGCAAAAGCAAAGGAAGUUCUAAGAAUAAUAAUAGUAUGGCGUUGGUGAUUUCAAUAUUUUUAUUGGUUAUUUGGGACAAUCUGUUUUUUUUUUUAUUAGUUUGGUUAUUUUUUCUUUCUUUUUUUUAAUUUGAAGUAUCAGCAUUAUGAAAUGUCAUUUUGUUGUAUUGUAUUGUAUUGUGUCCCAACUCCUCCACUUUUAUUUUCCACUGUGUUACUGUCAUAUAUGAAAUGAAUGAAUUGGAAGCUCUUCUUAUUUCUA